AUGGUCCAAUCUUUGCAGCUGCCCCGCUACAGCGUGCUUGUUUUGCGACGCAUUCUGCGAAGGAUUCAACCUUUGAGGUCAGCAGCAGCCGUUUUGGAGCCCGCAUCUCCUGAUGAUGGAACUGCCUUGGGACUUCAAUGCAUGCUUCGUGGCUCCUGCCACAUCCAAGCUUUCGGACGUGUCGAAGAUUUAUCUUACAUCACCGGCAGACACGGCUCAGCGUCGCAGACGAGAGAUUCCCCGAUCUUCAAGUGCAUGUUGCUUCUUAGCCUGGGCCGGGAGAGGAUGUGA